GCGUAUCUGACUCGCUGGUCUCCUUCUUCAUUCCGAAUUCGCCUGUACUUUCUUCUACUCAUCGUUUCUAUCAAAUUACCAAUUUGCCCUUCUCAUUCUUCCUCGUUUCCCCAGGAGCGCCAAAAGCUGGAAAUGAAGGAAUAAGACGGAGAGGGAGAGAGAACUGUAUACGGUGUUUCACAUGAUCCGUUUCAAUCAAUCUGCGAGCUCGCUCGUGUGGCUCAGUAAUGGUGUCAGCUAUCUCGAAGCGAGUCGAGCUCGCCAAAUUCUGCAGCUCCCGAGACUGGUCAAAGGCAAUCCGAGUCCUUGACUCGCUCCUCGCCCAGUCAUGCGCGAUACAAGACCUAUGCAAUAGAGCCUUUUGUUACAGCCAAUUGGAGCUCCACAAACAUGUGAUAAAGGACUGUGACAAGGCACUCCAACUUGACCCUAUGGUUCUUCAAGCUUAUAUCCUCAAAGGCCGUGCACUGGCGGCUUUGUCAAGAAAUGAGGAUGCCAUUUUAGUUUGGGAGCAAGGCUAUGAGCAUGCCUUGCAUCGAUCUGCAGAUCUGACGCAAUUGCUAGAGCUGGAAGAACUCUUGAAGGCUGCAAAACAAGAGAGUGCUGCAUCUAAUAACAUUGUGACCAUGGAUAGAACAUUGGUGGCUGCUCCUGGUGUACGAUCUAUUGUCAAUGUUAAAUCAACUGAAGCUUUUAGGAACAAGAAUAAAGAUGAUAUCUCGAAGUUAUGUAAUGAAUCACACCAGCUCUCUGCGUGCAAUGAUAGUGAUAGUUUUGAGAUGCUAAAUGGACUGAAAGAGAAGGCCUCCAGUAUAUCGUCUAUGCAUCCAUUGUUAUCAGUACCCCAUGACAAUGUAAAAUCAAGUGAAUCUUCUAUAAAUCCUAAUGAAUUGAGUGACAAGUUCAAAUUAACCAUAGGGUUAAGGGGUGAUAAGACUGACGUGACGGAUGGAUUAAGUUAUGAGGGUAGAGGGUUGACAUUUUUACCUACUUGCUACCAGGCCAUUGAAGACCUGACAAAGGCGUUGGAGUUUGAACCUAAUUCAGCUGAUAUAUUACAUGAAAGAGGAAUUGUUAAUUUCAAGUUUAAGGAUUUCAAUGCUGCCAUUGAAGACCUAUCUACAUGUCUGAAGCUUGAUAAAGAUAACCAGUCUGCAUAUACAUAUCUGGGUUUGGCACUAUCAUCAAUUGGUGAAUACAAAAGGGCUGAAGAGGCAUAUCUAAAAUCAAUCAAACUUGAUAAGAACUUUCUUGAAGGAUGGGGUCAUCUUACCCAGUUCUAUCAAGAGUUGGCAAACUAUAAACGGGCUUUGGAAUGCCUACAACAAGUUCUACAAAUUGACAAUAGAUAUGCUAGAGCUUAUCACUUGCGCGGGUUACUGUUGCAUGGAAUGGGAGAGCACAGGUAUGAUGUCUGCAGCCUUUUGUUUGGAUAUGAAUAAUUUGCUUCCUUCUGAUUCAGUUUUACC